AUGAAUAGUUAGCUUUUGAUUGUAGAAGGUGUCUUAUUAUUUGGGUCUGUGAUUGCUCUGUUUAUUUUCAAAGAGUGGGAAGGGAAUAUAAAAAUUAUUAAAUUGCUAUUUUCUCUCUCUAACCUUAGUAUAUUUCUAUUGGAAAUAAAGCAAAUAGGAGAAUCAAAUUGUAUUUAUACAUUAUCGAAAAUUAGAUGUUUUAAUAGCUAUUUCUGGUUUUCUUAUGAUUUUGUUUUCUUUUAAGGAGAUGAAGAAAGAGAAGAAUGAGAUACCUCAGAUCUAGGUGAUAAAUACAGAACUAUCAGAGAGAAAUAAUAAGGUGGAUUAGGAGAUAGAAUUGCCUUAGCAACUUCCUGUUAUUCCUUCGAUUCAUGAGAGCAACUCGAGCAUGAAUAAGAAUCAAAAUCCUCCUACAAAUGACAAUAAUAGAUUGUAGAGUAACUUUUCUGGAGAGAAAACUGAUUAAUAAAAUGCUAAAUAAGAGUAGGGGAUGAAUUAUUUGGGCGAUAACAAGAGACCUUCGAUACAAUUCAAAAAUACUGGGCCUAGUGUUUUGAUAACUCGUCAAUAGAGUGUUGCUUAGAUUUAGCGUAAUAAAUUUAGAUGUAUAAUAUUUAAUAUAGCAAAUUUGAAUGUGAUUAAAUUUUAGGAUGACUUCGGAGAGAUCAAAUUUGGGAUUCUUAAAACCCUUAAGUCAGUUGCAUAUGAUCAGUUGGGAAGGGAAGUGGAAUGCAUAUUUCAAAGUGAUAGGCCACUUACCAAGUUGCUGUCAACUGUUGAAAAAACGAAUUAACCCAGGAUGUAGAUCUUAUAUGAGAGUUAAGCGGAGCACAAUUAGUAUGUAGAUGAUACAUUAAGAGGAGCAAUUCAAUUAGAUGAUUUGGGUUAUGAUGAUAAGAAAAAGGAGAAGAAAAUUACAUGGUAAAAAAUAAUAAAAGCAUUAAUUUUAAUAAUUAUUUUAAAUCUAAAUUUUAUAAUAUUCGAUAACUGGAAUUUGCCUUAAUUAAUCUUAAUUUAUUUUAUUUUGCAGAGACAAAUAUUGUAAUAUAAAAAGUUGAUAGCGCAUUAAUUGGAAUUGAAAUGUGAGAUUAGAGAUAUCCUCAUUUGGUUGGCAUUAGUAGGCCUUCCCUUGAUGAUUGUUUUAGCCAUAAAUCUCUUAGACAAGAGUGUGGGGAAACAGGUUCUGAAAGUUGCUAACUGGGUUAGUUUAGUUAUCACUUCGAAGUACAGCAAACAUUGUUAAGAGUAUAGCAUUUAUUUAGCAUUAGAUAUUUCUAUGGUUGCUUAUUCUACAUUCUAAUAAAUACCAUAGUACUCUGUUUCAUUUGAUUUCUAUAUUUAUU